AUGAAGUGCCGCUUCUUAUUCAAACUGCUUCUACUGUUUGCCAUCGCUUUUCAAGCAUACGAUUUUCGCGGACUUUCCAAGAAGAAAUCCGAUGAUGUCGAAAAAUUCCAGAAUCGAUUCUCAGAUUUUGUCGACGAUGAGCAUGUUCCCUGUGAAAUGCCGGCAAUAACUACUCGUCUUCCGCCAAGAAUUCGAGCCAAAGUGGAGCUGAUUUGGAAGGACUCCGACGGAAAGGGUGGAGAUUGUUGGAUCGAAAUGGCUCGAACUCGAAACAUACUCCUUCGGCUCACACCGGCUGAACGAACAUCUAUUUUGAAGGAGACCAAAUCGUGCAAACCUCCUUCGGUUGUCGACGCGUUGCCAUCGAAGUAUCAACGGAAAUUCAAAGAUAUUUGGAAGGAAAAAAUUGGAAUGAGCAACUGUUGGGAGCAACAGAAGAAGACAAGACUCCUCCUUUUGAACAUGUCCGUCGGAUUGAACAAGCGUCUCCAUCCACCAGCAUUCGAUUGCGCCCUUCCUCACUUCUUCGGUCGUUUGGAAACCGAUUUACAGGAGAAAUUAAAAGAAGUUUGGCGCGGAUACAAAAGGGGCACUUCUUGUGUUGAGCAAAUCGACAAACAAAUCCAGUUGUUGGAAGCUCAUGAAAUUUCGCUUCAUUCGUUUCAGAUGCCGCCUCCAUCGAUGUUCAGAAAGAGAAGGCUCGUGAAAAAGCUGCGAAGAAGGUCGAAUGUUGCCUAA